AUAGGCUAAACUAUGGUCCUACAAAUGUUAUUGGGAUAAAUGCGUUAGCUGAUUUACAUGGCUGCAUGCAAUUGUCAACGAGUUCAGAAUUAUAUUUUCAUCAACACUAUACAGAUGUGGUAGAAGGAGAUGAAUUUCUGUCCUUGUCAUCGGAAGAAAUGGUUAAGUUGAUCUCUAGUGAUGAACUUAUAGUUCCAUCUGAAGAAAAAAUAUUUGAAAGUGUUAUUCGAUGGAUAAAACGUGAUUUGGAUUCCAGAAAACAAAUUUUGCACCAAUUAAUGGAACAUGUGCGUUUACCAUUAAUAUCGAAAGAUUACAUUUUAAAAAACGUAGUUGACGAACCUCUUCUUAUUAAUUGUUCUAAAUGUAAAGAUUACGUAUUUGAAGCAUUACGUUUUAAUUUACUUAGGUCAGAAGAACUUAUCACAAUUCCACAUAAUAUCCGGACAAAACCUAGACAGCCUGGGGGUACACACAAAGUUAUUUUAGCUGUCGGUGGAGAAGGGAAUGAAGGAACAUUAGUUAGUACCGAAUGGUAUGACCCAACAAUCAACCAAUGGCAGCCUGGACCAAAAAUGAUUACACCCAGUUUGGGUGGUGGUCUAGCUGUAGUAAAUGAUAAUUUUGCUAUACAUUUGGGUGGUGAAAAUUUGGAUCCAACUUUUCAAUCUGGUCGUGGUCUAGAUUUAUCUUCAGAAUCACCUCGUUGGAAACCAACCUACAACAUGUUAGUAAAACGAGAACUUUUUGGAGUUAGUGUGAUAAAUAAUUGUAUAUAUGUUGUUGGCGGCGUUGAUGAUAACAUUAUUUUAAACAGUGCAGAAGUAUUUGACCUCAGAACUCGAGAAUGGCAUACGAUAUCUAAUAUGUCUUCUAGACGAUAUGGCAGGCGCGUAGCCAGGGGGGGUGUUACAGGUGUAAUAACACCCCCCCUCAGCCGUGGUAUACUUAAUAUUUUUUUAUCAAGAUAAAGAUGCAUCAUUACGCACAACAGAAUAAUCAUAAGCAUAAGCACGAAUCGUAAAUCGUGAUUUACACUUAUUUAUAAAAAUGAAGUCUAUUAGUUUAUAUUACGAUAACAAUAAUGUAAAGCUUUAAAGCCGGGAUCCGAGCGAUACGGCAUUAAUUAGGUACUAUUUUAGACCGUUCUGUAACGUUUUAUCGAUUACUCGUUUCAUGCACGAUUUAAUAAUAUAUAUCUUUUCAUGCAGCGUGUAAGAAAACGUUUACAACUUAAAUUAUUGAUUAUUUGAUUAUCAUGAUCAUGAUGAACUAUCGUAAACAUAGAUAUCUAUGAUCUAUCGGCUAUCCGAAUGUUAUUUCACUUAUCAGUUCUGUGAUAACAAAUAAAACUAAUUAAUAUUUAAUAAAAUAUGUUAUUAUGUUCAUAAGUGUUAUAUGUUUGCAAUAGCCAAUAAGUUCGACAUUUUUUAAAUUUUAAAUAAUUAUGAACUAUGGAGCCUACAAAGAAAGGUAUUAAAAGAAAAAGCACUAUUUUAGUAUUUUAUCAUACUACACAAAAACAAUGUAUUAAUCAUAAUAAUAUAUAUGUGAAAAAUUUAAAUAUACCUACGUAAAGUUAUCAAUUUUGUGUGUAUAAUUUUUUCAAUUAAUUUUGAAUAACACCCCCCCCCCCUUAGAAAUUUCUAGCUACGCGCCUGCGAUAUGGUCAUGGUCUUGGAGUACUGAAUAAUCUUUUAUAUGCGGUAAAAUGUUAAUUACUUUAUGGUUUUAAAUUUUUAAUAGGUACAUUUGUUAUAAUUGUAAUCGGAAUGAAUAAAGUCCCCAGAGGAUAAAUUCAAACACUUGUUUAAAUACCAGCCUUCCAAAGAUUUAAUAAUAAUUACAUGGGAAACUGACUUUUUUCAUUGACCGACUAAUUAUAAUAUAUAUUUUAGCAUUAUUAAAACUGUAUUAAUUCAGUUCACAAUUGUGUAGGUAGUUUCGAUGGUUUACCAUACAUAGAUUUUUAUUCCGCUUAUUCGUAUACCUAUUCAGUGGCGCCGAGUUCAGUAAAAUAAGGUGGUUCAAUUCCAACCAAAGCUCACCCAAC